GGCCGAGCCCGGGCCGCGCUGCCUGCGAUGCCGGGCGCCCGCCGCAGCCGCCGCCGCCGGAGCCCGGGAUGGGGCGAGGAGAGGCUGCGGCGGACGCCAGCAUCUCCCCGCCGGGGACCCCGGGGGCCCCGGAGCCGCCGCCGCCGCUUCUGCUGCUGCCGCCGCUGCUGAGACCCAGCGGGCGAUGGGAUGAAGAUGAGACGCUACAAGCUCUUUCUCAUGUUCUGUAUGGCCGGCCUGUGCCUAAUCUCAUUCCUGCACUUCUUUAAGACCUUGUCCUAUGUCACCUUCCCGAGAGAACUGGCCUCCCUCAGCCCCAAUCUCGUAUCCAGCUUCUUCUGGAACAAUGCCCCUGUCACUCCCCAGGCCAGUCCGGAGCCGGGUGGCCCUGACCUGUUGCGGACUCCACUCUAUUCCCACUCCCCGCUGCUCCAGCCACUGUCCCCCAGCAAGGCCGCCGAGGAACUGCACCGGGUGGAUUUCGUGUUGCCAGAGGACACCACAGAGUAUUUUGUGCGCACCAAAGCUGGCGGUGUGUGCUUCAAACCGGGUACCAGGAUGUUGGAGAAACCUUCUCCAGGGCGGACAGAAGAGAAACCAGAGGUGGCUGAGGGCUCCUCCGCCAGGGGUCCUGCUCGGAGGCCUAUGCGGCACGUGUUGAGUACACGGGAGCGCCUGGGCAGCCGGGGCACUAGGCGCAAGUGGGUUGAGUGUGUGUGCCUGCCAGGCUGGCACGGACCCAGCUGCGGGGUGCCCACGGUGGUUCAGUAUUCCAACCUGCCCACCAAGGAGCGUCUGGUACCCAGGGAGGUGCCAAGGCGGGUUAUCAACGCCAUCAACAUUAACCAUGAGUUCGACCUGCUGGAUGUCCGCUUCCAUGAGCUGGGCGAUGUUGUGGACGCCUUCGUGGUCUGCGAAUCUAAUUUCACCGCCUACGGGGAGCCUCGGCCGCUCAAGUUCCGGGAGAUGCUGACCAAUGGCACCUUCGAGUACAUCCGCCACAAGGUGCUCUACGUCUUCCUGGACCACUUCCCGCCUGGUGGCCGUCAGGACGGCUGGAUUGCAGAUGACUACCUGCGCACCUUUCUCACGCAGGACGGCGUCUCCCGCCUGCGCAACCUACGGCCUGAUGACGUUUUUAUCAUCGAUGACGCGGACGAGAUCCCUGCGCGUGAUGGUGUGCUGUUCCUUAAGCUCUACGAUGGCUGGACAGAGCCCUUCGCCUUCCACAUGCGCAAGUCACUGUAUGGUUUCUUCUGGAAGCAACCCGGCACACUGGAGGUGGUGUCAGGCUGCACCAUUGACAUGCUGCAGGCCGUGUACGGGCUGGACGGCAUCCGCCUGCGCCGCCGCCAGUACUACACCAUGCCCAACUUCCGACACUACGAGAACCGCACUGGCCACAUCCUAGUGCAGUGGUCUCUCGGCAGUCCCCUGCACUUCGCGGGCUGGCACUGCUCCUGGUGCUUCACACCCGAGGGCAUCUACUUCAAACUUGUGUCGGCCCAGAAUGGCGACUUCCCCCGUUGGGGUGACUAUGAGGACAAGAGGGACCUCAAUUACAUCCGCAGCUUGAUUCGCACUGGGGGAUGGUUCGACGGCACGCAGCAGGAGUACCCGCCUGUAGACCCCAGUGAGCACAUGUAUGCUCCUAAAUACCUGCUCAAGAACUAUGACCAGUUCCGCUACUUGCUGGAAAACCCCUACCAGGGGCCCAAAAGCACUGUAGAGGGUGGGCGCCGGAACCAGGGCUCAGACGGAAGGUCGUCAGCCGGCAGCGGCAAGUUGGAUACAGCGGAGGGCUAGGACUGUGCAAUUUCACAGGGCUGGGCAGACCAAGAUGAUGGCUAAACCAGGGCUAUCUUUGGCCUCCUCGUUAUCCCGGGGCUCUUGAGAGAGCCAGGAGUCCUUGUAGAUGGUCCUCUGUGCUCAAGCCUCUAGAAAGGGUCAGGCCUUCACCCCAAAACACACAAAAAAAUAUUUUCUAAUAGAGAAGGGCAAGCCCGGACAUCUAUGCAGCAUUUUGUCCCCAAGAGUGCUGUGGGAAAGAGGUGUUCCUGAAGAGGAUAAGGUGGUUCUCUGGGACUGGGAGUGCUAUGGAAUAGUCUAGUUGAGAGAAGCCCACCUUUGACAUCCUGGAUUGUUGUCCUGUAAUGGACAAGAAGGAAUACAAUGCCAGGAGUUCCUAGCAUCCUGAAGAUAAAUACAUUUGGGUCGAGGAGCAAGAAGAGACAGUAGGGAGGGACUAGAAAGUGUAUCUGCUCUUGAUCUUGGCCUAGAAGCUUGGGAAACAUUGGGAAAUGGCACCCUGGAGAGAGAGAGAAAGAGAGAGAGAGAGAGCACUUUGCAGCGUCUUCAGACCUGCUGGACCCAAGGAACGAGGUCACAGAUGCUGGGAGGAUGGAGCUGGUUGGUGGCUGUUAGCCCCCUGCCUCUGUAAGGAGACAUGCCUGGGGGCUGGGGAAUCUUCCUUUGGUUCCAAAUAUACCCUGACGAUUGUUCUCACUCUUCCUAUUGGCAUCUCGUGGGAGCCACUUGCAAAGGACUCUAGGAGUCUAGUUCUCGGGGUGGGACAGGGGCUGGAGGCCGCAGGGACAACCAAUGUAGUUGGUGGAACAAGAGAAGGAGGCUGACAGAGGCCUCUAAUCCCUCUCCCCCUCCCCAUCACUCUCUGCUGGCACCAAGUCGUCCCAUUUUGUCAACAUCCCAAAUGUAAGUAUUCCUGUGCCACUUCACCCCCAACCCUCGCUCCCAUAAGAGCAGGCUAGGGCCAGGAAGAGGCCACAAGGUUUUCUCGGAUUCCAAGAAAGGACCUUAAGGUCAGUGGUAUAUCAACCCAUCUUAAUUUGCCUUGUGGGAGGUGCAGGGUUAUUUGAGAAGAUGCUAAGCUGCUGUAGAAGUCCCUUGGCAACCAGCAAUUAAAGUAAGACCAGCUUGUUACUAAGUAAAUAGUCUAGGAGGAGUUGGUCCAAAGCCUGUUAGUCAGCUUAGCUUCACAUACAACUUCCAGGUCUGGAUAGAGUGGCUGCACCUGCUCACGUGGUAAGAUGAGGACGUGCAGACUCCUUCCUGUGAAGGCCAGGAGUCAGGUGUGUCUGUUGCUUCUGAUAGCGUCUAACUGGUCAGGACUUAGCUGCAUGUCUAUAGGUAGUUGCAAGGAAAACUGGGAAAUGUAGUUUUGAGCGGGACUGCCAUGUGCCUGCCUCGGUUUGAGAGUUCUGUAUUACCAGCAGCACCUUUACAGGAAGUGUACAACUGAUUGCUCACUACCCCUGUUCUCUUCCUAUCUGCCCUGGGGUUGAGGUACAGUGGGGACUUGCAGGUGUUUGGGAAGAGUGGGUGCCUCUCCCUGAGGCUCCUGACAUUCCCUCGAUGCCAGUAUGUGGGGCUACCUGUGGAAUGGUCCGUGUUAGUGCGUGUAUGUAUAUUUAUGGGCAUGGGUGCAUGCUUGGUGUGUAUUGUACGUCUGUAUCAUGUGUCCCUGUGCAAAGAUGAUACUCACCUGUGGGCGUAGGAGCCCAGGCUUGGCUGUCCUCUUCCUCAGGACCUGGAUCUCAUAGUCUCAUCUCCUCUGGCUCCACAAAUACCUGAGGCAGGAAGUCCUUGGGGGAACCUUAAGAAGGGAGUGCAGGGUCUGUCUGUCUGUCUGUUUUUCAGUCUGAGGAAUGGAAUCUUCCUAGCUACAGGGAUAUGCAGCUGAGAGCCCACCACUCCCUCAGUCCCUCUUGGGCCUCCACUUCCUCCCCCUGCCGCCCCAGCAGCUCCUGGAUGUAGCUCUGUCUGGAGCAGUUUGCCAGGUGGUAGCUGUUCUGACGAACGGUGUGAAGGGCUCUACGGCUUCUCUCCUCCCACUGAGGAACAUCCCCUGUGGAACCUCUUCUUCAAAGAGCCUUCCUCCCUGCUUCCUCUGGGGACUGAGACGUGGCCACAGAAGUCAGGGCAUCCCAGAGAUUUAUGGGUCCGUCUGAGCCAGGGCUCUCUCCUGAGGUGUCUGUGGAUGCUUCUGUGUGAUACCUACCCCUUGAAUGAAAUCCUCACCCACAAACUCUUGGUACCCCCAGCUGCUCCAUAGAUGUCCUGUUUCAGGCAUGUCAGGGCUCCUGCCCACAAGUGACCAAUUCAGGGAAAGAGAAGGACCCUGGGAAGGCAGAGGUCUGCUUGGCUGGCCUUCUUCUCAGAUAGUAUAUUAUUUCAACUAGGCAGGAGAGGCCUGGCCAUAGACUGAGAGACCACCUAUGAGAUGUGGGAGCUAAAGGGUUUCACAUAUAACCACAGCAUACACUGGGAAGUUGGGGGGCAGGGACCCAGGACCAUUCCCCCAAUAUGAAGAGAAACCGAAUUGAAUGUGAAUGUGGGUACAUUCUCCAGGAACCACUGGCCUGUGACCUCUAGACCCAAGGAAGCCUAUACUGGCGUCAGAUGGCCUCGUUCAACCAGGGGUCACAGUGGUUAUAAGGGACAAGCUUGAUGAAGCUUUGGGAACAAAGGUGAGAUUCAGGAUGGGAAGACAGGACUCACCCAAGCAGAAGGUGGGGCCCUGGGAAAUGUGUAAUUUAAGGACACCAAUAAUAAUAAAAAUAAUAAUAAUAAUAAUAGUAUUAUUUUUUUUGUAAAGGAAAAUCAAUAUGUACAUUCUGAAAUCAUUUUCUCUGUAAAUGGUUGAAUUUCAUUUCACCCUUAAAGGGAUGCUUAAAGGAGAAGAUAAUAUUAAUAAUAAAACAACUGAGAAGUCUG